AUGGCCGAGGAGAGACGUGAAGCCGCCAUGUUCGCAGAGCUCUACUCCAUCAUGGUGGCCACCGAGCACCUGGAAGCAGCCUUUGUGCGUGGUGCCGUCUCCAACCAGGACUAUGAAAGGACCUGCACGCAGCUCCUGACGCAGUUCAAGACUCUGAAGAACGGGCUGAAAGACAAGUGCCCAGACAUUCGUGCCUUCGCCAAGGAAAAUGGGAUGAACUGCCCACUGGCGGAAGAACGGCUGCUGGGAACGGGUGUGGCUGCCACAGCUCUCUUCGGGGGCACUGCAGCGACGGGCAAAGAAAGCUUGGCCUGCUUCAAGGCGUCUGAGGGCUUCAUCACCCUCGUGGAUGCAGUGAAGUUGAACAUGAAUGCAGUCGACGAGCUGCUCCCCCUUGUGCGAGAUCUGCAGGCGAGCAUUGUAGGUAUUCCCAACCUGCCGCCGCUGGCCGGCAUCGAGCGUAUCGCCGGGUGGCUGGUCACCCUCAAUGGCAUGCGGGCCUCGGACCGGUUGACAGAAGAGCAGACCCGCCAGCUCGCAAUGGACGUGGAGCAGGCAUAUACAUCUCUGAAGAAUUGGCUGCAUGAGAAGACCUGA